AGUGUGAACGAAACUAGCCAUUUGAUUCAAAACGCCCAACAACCAAACAAACAAUCUCGUUUACUCUUCUUACUAGCAGAGGCCAGAGAGGGAGAGAGUAAGGAAAGCAAUAAGCAAGCAAGAAAGAAAAGCGAUGCAACCCAACAAGACUCAGUUCACACUUCCUCUUAUAAUUCUCUUCCUGUAUUUGCUAACCUACCCUUCUGUGGCAUACAAUACCGGCAGCGGCCGUUUCGGAAGAAAGGCGUUCUCGUUCUCGUGGGAUAUGCCGUGGACUCCGAGCGGCAGAACCGGAACCCCGAGUACCGGCGGGGACAGUGGGUCCGGUCAUGGUAGCAAUUGGGAUUACAAUUGGGGUUGGGGAUCAAGCCCUGGAAGUGGAUGGGGAUAUGGCUCUGGGUCUGGUCGGUCUCCCAGUGGGAAUGGGAGAGGAUAUGGGUUUGGCUUCGGUACUGGGUCGGGGUCAGGGUCAGGCUCAGGCUCAGGGUAUGGUUUUGGUUUUGGUGUAGGUGGUAGUAGUGGAGCUCGUGGCGUUGGUUACGGCUUUGGAAGUGGUUCUGGCAAUAUUCCUAGUGGGGGUGGGGGUGGCGGUUCAGGCGGUAUGGACAGCCAAAGAGGUGAACACUCCCCGUCCAUUUCUGGAGCUGCAAACGACCAAGGAAACUGAUGACUGAGCUACUGGUUUUCUUCUUGUACCAUCCAUCGAGAAACUUAAUACCACAGUGAUCUCUCCUCUCCAAUAGGCUAUAGCCUAUAGCUACUGUAAUUGCAUACAGUGUGUAUACGAGAAUAAUAUAAUAUAAUAGUAGUAACUACUAACUAUAUACAGUACCAUAUAUAUAUAUAUAUAGCUUAUGGUUAGCUAGCAGAAGGAAGAAGUUUGUAUUUCGAGCUUCUAACUCCAUUAAUGAGUUUCUGUGGUACUUUUCUCGAUCGGAUAUUACAUGAUCACCAGGCGAAAGCCAGAGUCAACGUAGUAUAUUUAGAAAGAAACCAGAUUGGAUUAA